AUGCCUCCAAAGAAGCCGGUCAACUGGGGCCUGUGGAUAAAAGUCCUGGUGGGAGGAGCAAUCAUCAGCGUUGGUGGUCCGGCGCUCACGUACUGGGUGGUGCCAACCGAGGAAGAGCUGAGAUCCAGAUACAACCCUGAGCUCCUAAAGAGAAGCUUGGAAGGCAGAGAGGAGAGACAGCAGGAGUUUAACGACUUUGUCACGAAGCUGAAGGAGUAUUCGAAAUCUGACAAACCAAUCUGGGCCGUCAUCAAGGAGGACGAAGAGAGGAGAAAGAAGGCAGAACUUGAAGCCAACAGACUUCAAAAGCAAGAGGCUGUAGCUCGAAGAGAAGAAAUGCGGCGAGAAGCUGGCCUCGGGAAAUAG